GUAACUGAACAACAUUGUUCUUUGCACGACAGUUCAUGCUGCGAAUAUCGGAUCUUUGGUUAUUGUCUUUCGUUGUGCUCUCUUGUUUGACUCCGCACGCCCUUGCGGACGACAAAUCAUGUACCACCACUGUGGACGGAAAGCAUUAUGACCUAAACCAGCUCAAGGCGAAUAAAGACUACACAUUCAAGUCCUUGGGUGGUCAGCCGUAUAGAAUCAAUGUGUGCGCCCCUGUGGUGUCCGAAAUCUGGGCACCCAAAGUGGACAAGCCUGAAGAGAUAGCAGCCGUUACACGUCGCCAGCAUGGGGAUUUUUCUAUUGGUGCUGUCAAUACUACCUUGACGGUCAUUGGUGGACAUCCCAUGCUGCUUCUGACUGGUGGCAAUCUAUGUUUGGAUGGCAGCGAUUUGCGCGCGUCCACAGCCGUUCGCUUUAUCUGUGACACUGCGGUAUUUGGCGCAGGCAAGCCUGAGCUCAUCGCUCAAUUUCCCCCACAGGAUGAUGCUGCAUGCGCUUUCUUCGUUGAAUGGCGAACCCAUGUCGCUUGUCCCACGCACGAAAGAGGUUCUUGGAGCUUUAUAGCAAUACUAGCAACCAUUUUUGGAGUUCUCUUCAUGCUCUACAUUAUUGUUGGGCUCCUAUACAAUCGAUUCGUACUGGACCUACGUGGUUUUGACCAGAUACCCAGGUAUUCCCUCAUAUCAUUCAGUGAUGUCGUGCAGUUCUUCCGGAACUGUAUCGACCGCGUCAAGUCUCGUACACCAGACUUUGGCGGUGGCGGCGGAGUGAAUGGAUCAUGGGGUAGAUCUGGUUCCGACUAUAGAGGAUUGGCAGCUUCUGGAGAAGAGGGAGCGUCUAUGUUGGGAGGACCUCCUGGCUUUCUGGACGAAGAAGAUGAAGGAGAAGAAAACAUCCAUGGAAGCGACCCUGAGAGCGGUAGACCUCAGGGCGUAGAUUCUAAUGGAGUGAUUCGAUUGUAAUAUAAUUCAGAUGGAUGGAUUGACUUUCCUAUGCACUGGUCAUGCAAACCUUAUACGAAUUCGUAACGCCCGAAAUGAGUGCAGGAUUCCUACACCCAUAUACUGGGCGUGAACCUUGAAUGUCACCAGUGCCUUUCGCAAGCGUUAUGAUGAUAUGGCGAAGCAACUAUCUCAUUGGCUCAUUAUUGCAUAUGCCGGCAUCGUCCUCGGAUCGGAAGGCAGACGGAUAUGUUUCUGAGAC